UGAUCUAAUCAAUCAGAUCGGAUCAGAUAAGAUAAGAAAGCGCCUUGAUUAUGAGGCGCGAACAUAAGGAUCCCGAUGCGAUACUCCCUAUCGCAGGCGUCCCAUCGCUCUUCUGCUGUGCCGUUAACCAGCCGAUUUCGGGCAGCAUUGGUGGGAGGCCGAGGUCAACAUCCUGGCCAUUACCUACCUACCGGAUGCGGUUUUUUUCUCCAAAAUGAACAGGCUUGGGAUGUCGUGUGGAGCGGCGGGUCGAUGCUGGUUCUCUUUCUCUGCAGUUAAAUCGCAGGGUCGUCGCCGUCCGGUUAUUCGAACAGUUUCCCAGCGGCUCGCACCUUUGCCUUCUGCGCUUCCUCGCCCUCCCCAACCACGAUGGCGAUUCUAGACAAGCUGCGGCCCAAGCCAGCCCAAGGCGCCCGGGACGAAGAUCCUGAAGCUAUCGCGGUCGCCAGCCCGCCGACCGGGAACAGCGCUGGUGCUAACGUCGCGAAUGCGCCCGCUGAAAAACCCGAGGAUGCGCUUCCGAAUCAAGACACUCAACACGGUGUUCAGAAGAUCGAGGCCGUGACCUUAUCCUGGACCAAGGGGUCUCUGGCCGCGUUGCUGAUAAGCAUCUGGGUCAUUUUCCUCACCAAUGGAUUGCGUCUCGCUAUUCUCGCCAGCCUGACGCCCUACGUCACUAGCGAAUUCCAGUCCCAUUCGCUGCUCACGAUCAUCCGCGUUGUUGCCAACGCCAUGACCGCCGCGGUGUACAUCCCCAUGGCCAAGCUACUCGACGUCUGGGGCCGAGCUGAAGGCUUCCUCCUCAUGGUUGGCUCGGCCACCCUAGGUGUCAUUCUCAUGGCCACGUCCAACGGCCUCGCUACGUUUUGCGCCGCCCAGGUCUUCUACUCGAUUGGCUUCGCCGGCAUCAUCUACACCGUCGCCGUCCUCGCCGCGGAUGUGACCUCCCUGAGGAAUCGUGGCUUGGCCUUUGCCUUUACCUCGUCUCCUUACAUGAUCACUGCCUUCGCCGGAUCCAGGGCUGCCGAGGCCUUCUACUACAACGUAAACUGGCGGUGGGGUUUCGGCAGCUUCGCGAUUAUUGUGCCUGGCGUGACGAUCCCCCUGUUCGUCCUGUUGAAGUAUAACCUUCGCAAGGCCGAGAAGAGGGGUAUUUUCUUGGAGAAGGAGAGCAGCGGUCGGACGUUUUUACAAUCUGUGCGACAUGUUAUCAUCGAGUUUGACGCGCCCGGCGUUUUCCUGUUUGCCGGUGGCCUUACGGUAUUCUUAUUGCCAUUCACGCUCGCCACCUCCGCCCCCAACGGAUGGAGGACGGGCUACAUUAUUGGCAUGAUCAUCACCGGCUUCAUCGUCCUCGUCCUAUUUGCCUUGUACGAGGUCUACGUGGCGCCGGCACCGUUCCUGAAGAACAAGUUCCUUCUAGAUCGAACGGUGAUCGGAGCCUGUCUCAUCGACCUGACCUACCAAAUCUCGUACUACUGCUGGGCCAGCUACUUCACAUCCUUCUUGCAGGUCGUGAACAACCUUACCGUGGCUGAAGCCGGGUACGUCAACAGCACUUUCCAGAUCGUGUCCGGCGUCCUCUUGUUCAUCGUCGGCUUCUUGAUCUACCGGACCGGCCGCUUCAAGUGGCUUUUCUACUUCACAGUCCCGAUCUACACCAUGGGCCUGGGCCUGAUGAUCUACUUUCGCCGCCCCAACCAGCACAUCGGCUACCUCAUCAUGUGCGAGAUCUUCAUCUCCAUGGGCGGAAGCGUCUUCAUUCUGCUGGUGCAGUUGGCGGUCCUGGCCGCGGUCGACCAUCAACACGUUGCCGCCGUCCUCGCCCUUCUGUACGUCUCUGGCACUGUCGGCGGCGCCAUCGGCAGCACCAUCUCGGGGACCAUCUGGACCAACACUUUCUUGGGAGCCCUCCAGAACAACCUGCCGGCGUCCGCCCUGCCGGACGUGUUGCUCAUCUACAGAAGCUUACCGAAGCAGCUCUCCUACCCAGUCGGGAGUAUCGAGAGGCUCGCGAUCCAGGAGUCUUAUGGCUACGCACAAGCCAGGAUGCUUACUGCUGGCAUUGCCAUAUUCUCUCUCUCUUUUGGCUGGAUGUUCCUGAUCCGGAACUUGAACGUCUCCAAGAACACGGGGCAGACGAGAGGUAUCGUUUUCUAAGCACGCGACAGCGCUGUGCCGCAAGGGGCAGUCUAGCAAAAAGAGAGAAAAAAAAGCUUUGGUUUGGUUCUUGGGGAAAUGAGGGCCCUUCCUGAUCGGAAGGGCAUCCGUAGGUGGACAGUGACUUGGAGUGUGUGUUCUAGGCGGU